AUGAUUAUUUCGAUAUUGCUAACAGCAAUUGUUUUGUGGAUUGUGAUCCAACACUACAGGAGAGUGUCCAGACUCCCACCUGGUCCAUUCUCUUUACCGAUUCUUGGAAAUAUUCCGAUGAUUUUCUACUAUGCGUGGAGAGCUGGUGGUGUUGUUCCAAUGAUGAGUAUGAUGAAGAGGAAAUACGGAAACGUUUUCACAAUUUGGAUUGGUACCAUACCACAUGUCAGCGUCACUGACUUCGAAACAUGUCAUGAAGUUUUUGCCAAAUCUGGAAACCGAUUCUCCGAUAAGGCGUUUUCCCCCAUUUUCAAUGAAGCCAGAAACGGCUUUGGUAUGAUAGCUAUAAAUGGGUCAAUAUGGCAGGAAAUGAGACGAUUCUCCCUUCAAACUUUCAGAAACAUGGGAAUUGGUAAAGAUUUGAUGGAAUUGAGGAUUAUGAGUGAAUUGGAUCUUAGAUGCAGAGAAAUCGACGAAGAAUCUAUUGAUGGAGUUACUGAAGUCAAUGCAACCGAGUUCUUUGAUCUAAUUGCAGGCAGUAUAAUUAACACACUUCCAAUCGGCAGCAGAUUUGAAAAAGGAAAUUCCCAUCAUUUCCUCCGUUUAAAAAUGUUGAUCGAGGAAUCGACCAAAGUGCUGAGCCCAAUUGACGUUAUGUUACCAAUUUGGUUCUUGAAAAUUUUCCUUAAAAGAAGGUACAGCUUAGUGAUGAAAGCACAUAGGGAUAUAUUGGACUUCCUCGCAAAAGAUGCAAUCCAAAGAGUGGAAGAUGUUUUGAAUGGAAAAAUCGAAAUAAAUCCGGAGAAUCCUGCUGAUUACAUAGACAGCUUCAUUCUUAAGAUAUUGCAAAAAGACUCCGACAAAAAUACUUUCAGCAUUCUGUCUCUGAAAUCUGUGUUGACUGAUCUAUGGAUUGCUGGUCAAGAAACCACUGCAACUACUCUUGUUUCAGGAUUUUGCCAGCUUUUGAACCAUCCGAAUGUUAUGGAAAAGAUACGAAAUGAGCUGCUACAUGUUGUUGGAUCCCGUCCACUAACUCUGAAAGAUAAAAGUGAGACGCCAUAUUUGAAUGCGGUGAUUGCCGAAAUUCAACGUCACGCUUCAAUUUUGAAUAUCAAUUUCUUCAAAAUCAAUCAUGAAGUGACAGAAAUCGGUGGACAUCCUGUGGAUGCAGGUGCUCUUGUAACUGCUCAACUCAGCUCACUACAUUCAGAUGAGACCACCUACAGUAAUCCGAAUGUGUUCGAUCCAGAAAAAUUUGUGAAUGACAAAAAUUUGUCACAGAAACUGAUUCCCUUUGGAAUCGGAAAGCGAGCAUGUACUGGAGAGGCUCUAGCGAGAGCGGAGCUCUAUUUGAUCAUUGGAAAUCUUUUGCUACGCUACAAAUUCCAACCGUCCGGUCCGUUGGUUUCUAAUAUUGAUGAUGCUCCGUACAGUUUCGCGAAAAAGCCAAGAGGAUAUAAGAUGCAGUUAAUCAAGAUUUGA